CCUACGCACUGGCGACCAUAGACGCGGCCAGGCCGCCGCGGCCAUGGUCGCCGGUGCGUAGGCAAGCGCGACAUGUGGACGGCCGAAAAAUUUGCAGUCGACUUCCAAGGGUGUGUCAAGAUGGACGUGCAGAAGAUAAUCACGCUAACUGUGCUUGUGUAUUUACUACGAAAACGAAAACGGAAGAUUUCACGUAAAAGACAGUUUUGGGUGCAUCCAUUACUUUGCGAGAGAAAGACUAAAGGAUUAUAUUAUACUUAUUUUUUGGAUUUAAAAAUGUAUGAGAAGAGAUUCUUUAAUUACAUGAGAAUGUCAACGAAUACUUUUAACCUGUUACUGGAUACAAUAAAACCAAAAAUUACUGGAACUGGUAACAACUAUCGGAAAUGCAUUCCAGCAGAAGAAAAAUUAGUAAUAACAAUAAGGUAUUUGGCUACUGGGUGUUCUUUAUAUCAUAUAAGUCAUGAAUACCGUAUAGGGCUUCCUACAGUAUCGGAAAUAGUAUUUGAUGUUUGUGAAGCAAUAUGGGAGAUAUUAAAACCAAUUGUGAUGCCACAAUUGACCAGAGAUAAGUGGAUUCAAACGGCUGAAGGUUUUCAAAAAUACGCCCAAUUAUCUGUCAGUCGCUACAAGAUUGGGCUGACGUUGCGUCUGGGCGAGUAG